CUGAGGUGAUAUUGACAGAUUUGAGAUAGAACAGGUAAGAAAAGAGAUGUUCAAAUUUGAUUAGUUUGUGUUAGACAUGGAAAGUUUGUUAUUUCCCAUAGUUAUAGUGCUUGGGUAAGUGUGGCGUCUGCUCCGAGUCAGUCACAUAUAAUUACCAACCAGGUAUUGAGGAUCAAGUUGUUGAUUUUGUUUACUUUAUGUUUUAUGGCUCACUUGGUAAAAGUUUACAGGUGGACAGUCAUUUUGAAGUCCUGACUAAUCGUCUCACUCUGAUCAGUUCUUAUCUGUUUCCUUUGUCACACCUUUUGUUGAAAACAAAAACAAAUGUAUACCUCAGGAGAAGGUUUCAACAGUGGAAAAAAAAACACACAAGGGAAUUAAGAAGACUAAAGGCUUACGUAUGAAGUUAUGUAUUUGUUCUGAGUGGCCGUCAACAUUCCAGCAUAUUUUGCAUAAAACAUAUCUCCCAUGUUGAAGGAAAGGUGACAUUUAUGCAGAUGAAUUUCACAACUGUGCGUUGGAUACCGGUAUAUCUAUUUUAUAUCGAGGUUUAAAGAUAGCCCAUAUUCACCAUCUGUGGUUGUGAUUUUACCUCUCAAAUCCCUCAAAUGGUUUGUCAUUCUUAAAAGGAAAUUUUAUUACAUUAUUUUACUGGACUACCAGAUGGAUGGGAGCAAGCGGUGACACCAGAGGGAGCUAUAUACUUCAUAGAUCACAAUACACAGACUACAACCUUUGAGCACCCAGUGACAGGAAGACCAGUCAGCCAUGCAAGUCCCACACAGUCCCCCACCUCUGCAGCCUCUCCCCCUAGCAGUCCUGGUGGUGGAACCCCGAAGUCUCCUGUAAGAUCCCCAACAAAGUUAAGAGCUUUAAAGGCACCAGCCGCAAAACGAGAAGAAACCGCAAUGGUAACCCUAAAGGGCUGGCUCUAUCGUCAGGAAAGCAGUGGCCUGAAGUCUUGGAAGAAGAGGUGGUGUGUCCUAGCUGACUUCGGACUCUUCUUCUACAAAGACGAUAAAGAGCAUCAUUCUGUAGGAUCCAUUUUGUUGCCUAGCUACCAAAUAUCCCAGUGUGUUUUGGGAGAAAGCAACAAGAAGUUUGCCUUUAAGGCAGAACACAACAAUAUGAAGACCUACUUUUUCGCGUCAGACAGUCAAAAUGACAUGGAGAGAUGGAUAAAGGCUCUCAAACUAGCAGCAGCCCUCAAGGGGGUCCCCAAAAGAUCUCCUGAGCCCAAUAACAACACACCAAAAUUAAUCCCCAAGUCAGCAUUUAUGGAAUGGGAUGAGGACGAAGAUGAGGAUGUGAAGAAGAGAUUUAGUGGGCCGCCAGAAUUUCCUCCAUCUAGCAAGUCUCAUUCACAAUCUGCUUUUGGACCAUAUCAAGGUCCUGGACAAACUAGGCUUGCACCAGAGAGAAACAGAAAUCAAAUUCCUGAGAACCGUAGUCCGAAUCAGAGACGGUAUGACGAGUUUCCUACUGAUCCAAGAGCUCAGGUGAAUCAUAGGCCUCCGGACAGAAGGCCAGAACGAGCUAGGCCGCGUAGUGAGGAAUUUCCUCCCCCUAGAAAUUAUCAAAGGGACAAUUUACAGGGAUCCAAUGAACCUCAGAAUAGGAGGUCAUACCACGAACCAGAUUCACGGGAAAGAUCCUAUAACAAUCGGGAUCCAAGAAACUCGAGAUCAAAUACUGUGGACAAUCAUUACCCUAGAUACAAGGAUGAGGUGGAUGCAAGGUUAGGCUUCCCCAGAGUGGCAGAUUACAGUAAAGCAGCUUAUGAUCGUGAGCGAGACAAAGAAAAUUCAUACAUUGAAGACAAUGUCUAUAGUAAACCUGUGAAAAAACUUAAUAGAGAUCUGUCUCCUCAUGAACGAUUUGAGGAGAGAGGAGGACAUCAUCGGAUGAAAGAGCAGAGAGUUCAAGGUCAGAUGUCACCAGGGGGCAAGGAUGAUGAAAACCCAUAUGUUCACAUGGCACAGCAUGACCCAAGGUCUGUGGAGAGACCAGACAUUAUCCCUCAUUCAAAUCAUUCCCGAGAAACAAGUGAGACUAGUAACUAUGGUUACUACUCACCACAGAGGGCGGAGGCUCAACAGUUAGAUCGUCUGUAUGGCAGAGAAGAGAGAGGAUAUCCACAGGACCCACAAAUUCUUAGGCAUGGGAGGAUCCGACCAGAGCAUGACGAAAAAUACCCAGGUCAUCCUGCUGGUCCACAGCCAAAGGAGCCACCCAGGCUGUACCUCACCGAAGAUCAAACAGCCCCAGGACAGCCCAACGGGCCACCACAGCAAGCAGACCGUGAAAAUCUCAGCCUGCCAGUCAGUCAGAAUAACCUGUAUGUUGACAUUCCUCACACGUAUGUCAACAUUGGAGAUGCACUGUCCCACAGGUACAGUGACCAGGGCAGUCCUACGCCACACCGCCCACCCCUUCCAACAGCAGUGCGUUCUCAGUAUGUAGAGGAGUUAGCACAGGCGAAAACCCCAAAUACAUCACGGGAACUACUGGAUGCUGAAAGAGCACUCGAGUUCAGAAUGCAACAACCUGCAUACUUCAGUUACCCGACUCCAACCAAUGAGACUGCACCACAAUUUCAAGGAGGUGAUAAUUACCAGGGUAAUCGCCUUCAUCCUGGACAUGGAGCAUACUCACACCAGAACGAGGCUGGACGAGAGAACCAGAAUGGGUACAAGUCAAAUAACAUCAAUUCCCAAGGUAUAGAUAACCCUAAUGAAGAACCUAGGAUUGUUAGGGAGUUUCAUGCCUCCUCAAUGCUAAGGUCAGGGUCAAAGGAGGUUCUCCAGAGUCUGGAUGCCAGUGACCUGGCUCGUAGGCGGAUGAGCAGUCCUGACAACACAGCGUCUCAACCACUGACUGAAAGUGAGCUCCAGGGCGAAGAAAUGUUCGUAGAGCGACAGAUGUCUGACAUGGAUAAAAAUAACGUAAUGUGUCAAAAUAGGACUGAGCAAAGACUGAAUGACAGGGAAUUGUUGAUGAAUGAGAGUAGAGACCAUGACCAAAGUUUUUCGAGACAUCCAAGGGAGAAGCAGGAAUUGGACACAUCCAGAAAUUCCUUUGGUGGACCUCAGGACAAUUCCAGAAAAGUAGGCGGUCAGAGAAAUUCAAUGGAUGAGCCUAACCUCAACAGAGUCAACAACCUCUUCAUACAGAAUGCUCCCAUGAAUGAUAAGUUGACCAACCAUAGUUUUGAGGGAGCCUUGCCCCAGACUGUCCAUCCUGCUGACAGGAUGGAGACUUACAGGUACACUGCAGAUGAUGAUCAGAGUGAGACAGACAUCAAAAAGAGAUUGUCCACAGCAAGUUCUCAGGUGUCCUGGAAGGAGGAGUCAGAGUCACAGAGGCCCCACCCACAGUCUGUCAAUCAAAGAACAGAUGCUGGAGGGAGAAGGGGUGGGAAGAAACCCCAGACAGGUAUGAUACACACUGUUAAGGAGGACCCAGACAUGCCGGACUCCCAAGUCAUCGAGACUGCAGAAAUCCCCAAUCUGAACAAGAAGUAUCCAUUGGGAGGCAGUCGGAUUAGAAUGAGCAUCUCGGCCGGUGACCUCAUUGGGAAAACUCAUGAUGAGCUGGUGCUUAUGCUAAUACCAUUAAGGAGAGAACAGGCAGCAGAAGAAAAUGUCCGUAACUUCAUUAGACAGCGGCUGGAGGAGAGGAGGCCGGCAGAAAACAGAUACAGACAGAUAGUUCGACAGUCGGGGGGUCCUGUGGAUGCCAGUUUGGAGGAGGAUCACUGUGAUUAUAUCAGACUGAAGCAUCAGUUGGAAGACGUAGAGAACAGGUUGGAGGUGUACAGACCCCUUGUUAACUUGGUCCACAACAUGGUCAACAUGGGUAGUCUAUAUGGAGGUGACAACUUCAUGAUGGCCAGCCAGUACAGAAAGCACUUACUCUCUCCGGAGGAGUAUACGCCUCCCAAGAAAAUGAUAGAAUUUUCUCGUAAACACCAGGAGGAGGAGAUGGUGCAGACGAUGAGGGAGGAGAUCCAACAGCUGACGAAAGAUGAGGCAGAUCUGGAGGAGAAGUUGGAGAGGUUGUAUGAACUUGAUCGUAUGCUUCAGGAACACUCCUUCAAGGUCAUCAGUUACCAGGAAGACAAGGACUUACUAGAGAAAGCUCUACAUGGAAUCCUAAGGCAGCAGGACAUGACUCGAGACAACCCUCGUGACCUUGAUAAUCUCCUCCAGCAGCAGAGGACGAUAGAGAAGGAACUUUCCAGGGUCAUGCACUAUCUGGCAGAAGCAUCCAAGGCCCUGGAAGAAACAACCGCAGAAAACAACAAAGUGGAACAUGAGGUGGCUCUUUUGAGGUCAAAAGUUCAUGGUGAACUCAAUCGUAGCAAGAGUGCUCCUUCUCUGUCUGAAGAAAAUUACAAGAACAAAGUGAAGAUGGAGAAGGACUUGGCUCGUGUCCAGGACAUGAUGGUCGGACUGACUGAGCAGCAAGCUGAGCUGUCAGAAGCCAUGAAACAGUUCAGGAGAUCGUCUUCAGGAGGAGGGUUGGAAAACAUGCUAGACAAAAUUGAGAAAGAUGCACCAAAGACAAACAGGAACAAGGCAGUAGAGAAGCUGCCCAGCACCUACAUGGAGACAGAUUUGGAUACUGGGGAUUCUAAAGACCUGUCACAAAUCCAGCAGGUGCUCCAUGGUUACGGCUCGUUGUCAAGGGGAGGCUACCCACCGGAGAUGUCUGAGACUGAUGUAGCGAGAUAUGAAACAUUGGUUAGCCAAACUAGUGUAUCCCUUGAGAGCUCCUCCCUUUCUCCUGGAGGAGGUCCAGUGAACGAUGAACAGUGGGACAUUUCGGAAGCUGAUGACAACACAAAGCGGUUCUUUGGUAUUAUACCCAAAGAGAAACCAAAAGUGUUAACUGUUAGAGAUGUGAAGCGCCAAUCAGAACAACGCAAAGAAAAUCACAAAACUCGUCGGGAGGAUGUUAGCCCUGAUCCGUCCUGGGAUUAUAAAAGUUCAUCAGGAAGUCAGAAUGAAGACACACCCACCUCUAGUGCUCAUGGUAACCACCCAGUGUAUGAGAACCUGCCUCCGGUAAAUUCCAGUAAAUCUUGGUCCUCUGUGUUGCCUAGCAACUCCUCUGCUCCAUCCUCUCGCCGCUCCUCUAGCCUCCAUCUCAUGGGGCCUCGACCUUUUGUACCCUUCCACCUGCAAUCCAAUACCCCCUCCCCUGUCACUCACGUGGAAUCUCCUGUUAAUAUCGUCUCCAACAGCAACUCAUUCCAUCAUCCUAACAAUGAUGGUGUAGUCAAGGCAACCAGAAUCAUUGUCCAGCCUCCAUUUCAUGAUGAAGUAGACGAUGCAGACAGAUCUGCACCAGUGAACACCCCCAGCAGUAUGGGAAUGUUUAACGUGAAGCGUGCGCCUACCGGACGUUAUAUGACCAUCUCUAGCAGUGAACCAGUGAGACUCGAGACAUCUCUGAUUCAACCCACAUCUCCAAAUACUGCAGCCGGGGAUCUCAUGACCAACAGAAUGGACAUGGUUCCAGACAUCGUGAAAAGUUCCCAGAAGACUCCGCAGCAGCUGGACGAGGCGGCCAUAGAGCGAGAAAUACUGUAUGUGCCCAAUAAAGUGGAAAUUCCUGAGAGGUACGUCCCUGACUCGGACGACGAGAGCAUCACAGAGGAGGAGAAAAUGAAACGGGAGGAAAAGGCCGAGAAAAUUAAACGACUGCUGACCAACUCGAGUGUGCAGCAUUCCUUGUCCCAGCCAGAUGUUAGUCAGGUGGGAGGGAUACACCAACAGGCACAUGAGCAGAAGAUCAAGCGAGCUCAUCUGUUGGCAGUCAGCCAAGAGCUCGCUAAACAGGUCACCCUCAAAUCGAGACAGGCAGCUGCUGAGAGAGCCAAGAGAAGAAAAACCUGGUCAGGGUCCCCCAGUAAGGUCGCUGAUUCAAUUCUGGACCCAGAGGACCUAGAAGUUGACCAGACCAUGGGAAGCUCCGAAUACCUGGCACCGCAUCACCGUAGACAGGAAAACUUGUUCAUAUAAUCUCAGCAUACCUGAUACUGCGUAACCGUAGACAGGAAAACUUGUUCAUAUUAUUGCGGAGUAUCUGCAGACUGGAAAACUUGUUCACAUAAUAACAAAACACUACCAUUUCCAGUGAAAUUGUGGGUAGAAAACUUGAAAUGUAAACUACAGAACAAUAAAUGGGAUCACACAAAGAUAUCUUAAUACAUGUAAUAUAUAUCUCAAUUUUCUGGCAAAAUAUUUUAUAAGGAUAUUAGAAGUUUUAUAGAUCCAUGAAUCUUGAGUUUUCAUGAUGUAACAAGUAUAUGUAAAUGUUACUAAAUACGGAUGAUGAAUGUCCAAGGGGGUGUAAUUUUCCCUGCAAUACUGAGUCAUUGUACGUGUAUCUUUUGUUUUUUUCUUUGUGAUAAAAUGCAGGUAAUGUCUUGGGUUGUCUCCCUUUCGAUGAAAGGGUCUCUCUACUAACAGUGCUACUAAAAGUCAAUGUAAAUGUAAUGUUUUAAUUAGAACAGUACUAGCAUGCACUGAUUAUAUUAACCAGAAAAUUUAAGGAAGGUGAGGGUAUGGGACAUGGAUAGGGAUUAAAAGACUGUCUUGACAAAAGUGUGACCUUCGUCUCCGACGUAAGGAUGAUAUUCAUGGAUUUAUAAAAUAAAAAACAUUUUGCACUAUUGAUAAGUGUAAAGCAGGAAUUACAUUGUACAAAAGAAUAUAAAUGUUAACAGAACCAAAGAAAUGUUUGAACACGUAGAUGUUCUAGCAGUGUAUCAUUUAGUCACAGCGCUUGUGUAUUUUGCUUUGUAUAGACCCUGCUUUGUGUGUUAUGUAUACUACCUCAUAAGCAGCUAUUUUUUGUUUGAGAUUAUUAGACUUUCUAAUAGAAAUGUAAUCACUUAGUAUCCUAUUUGUGAUGACAUAUCUGGUUAUAUAUUGUAAGAAGUGAAGAUAUUUUGUUAUAGUACUGGUGCUGUCAUGAUUUUUAUUAAAUGUUGUAGAUUCGGUCUUGAAUCUCAUGAGAAAUUAUUAGGUUGUGAAGACCACAUUCCACAUUAAUAGACACUGAAUUUCUGUCUCUGGAUUUUUCAAUAAGCACAUUCCUUAGAAUCCUAAUUUACUCCCAAGAUGCAUGCUAUGUUUUUUAUCUUGUUAAAAGUUUUCAUUACUCUAUGUAUAUCAAUUUCUCAUGUAAUUUGAUAUAUACGUGUGGUUGUUAAUUUGUGAUUUUUGAAGUUGUUAGAUAUCUAUUUCUAUGAAAUUUUAUUUGACAUCGAUGAUUUUUGUUGCGUUGUUAUGCUGCCACAAUACGUUAAAUUUGCCCGAUUUAUAUCUAAAAAUGUUUAUAUAUGUUUUUGUACAUUGAAGCAGUUAACAUUGUAUUUGAAUCAAAAAUGGUGUUUAAUGCUGAUUUGUCAUGAUUUACAUACAUUGCCAGUUACAUAAGUAUCCGUACACGCAAGUCUGUUUAGGUAUUAUCUUGGUGUGGACUAAAAUUAACAUGUGGGUUUAGCUAUAGAAAUGAGUGUUGUGCUUCUGAAGUUGAUCUGUCAGAAAGUACAGCACAAGUAUAGUAGUUGAAGUAAGCAUGUGUACAUGUAUAUUUUUUCAUUUCAUUUACAUCACGAUAUUGUUUAAUUGUUGCAAUUACAAAUUGAUAACUUUAUAAUAUUUUAUAAAUUCUAUAUAUAUACAUAUAUUUUUUUUUUUUUAAAUAUAUGAAAAAUAAAUUUUAUUUUAGAAACAAC